ACUCUCUAAUCAGCCAUGCACUACAUGUACUAGGUUCACUUCCUGUUCUUUGUAUUUGCUGCCUGCUCUCUGCCUCUAAGUCAACUAACCUCCAGCCUGCACCCCAUGUGGCUAGCCUCACGUCUGAGCCAGAAACAGAUAAACCACCUGUGUCUGACUGACUUUCCCUGUGGAUAUGGCAGCUGGAGAAAGACCAAAGACAGCACAGGUGGGGCAGAGACCGAGGAGACAGAUGCCCUCCUGGAUCUGCUGAGCUGUCCUCACUCUCCAUGGUGGCAAGAUGUAUCAUGGAGCCCUCAAGCUCCGGCCCUAAGAAAGCUGGCUGUGCUCUCACCUGAAUGCCUGCACACUGACUUCAUGUACAGUUACUUUACUACACUACGCAUCGUGGACAAGGCUGUGUCCGUUAUUGAUGAUGGCCUGUUAAAGUUCUCAAAGCUGGAGGAAUUGGUCCUGAGUGCCAAUAAAAUCUCAGAAAUCCCUGUAGAAAACCUUCCUAGCACUUUGAAGAUUUUGGAGCUACGUGCCAACAGGCUGUCUGCUCUAAAUAGUUUCACCAGCUGUUCGCCUCCUCGCUUACAGUACCUCGGCCUCAGUUCAAACAGUCUCAGUUCCCAUAGAGACAUCUCUAAUCUUACUGACAGACACUGGCCACAGCUGGUAUGUUUGGACCUCAGUGACUGUGAGUUUCAGAACCAACCGGCCCUGCUGAGCGCCUUGAGCACACUCCCCUCUCUCAAGACGCUGGUGCUGGAGGGAAACCCCUUCACCCUCGCACCCUCCUACCCAGGCUUCACUGUGGACAGUCUCCCACAACUCUCUUGCCUGGACGGCUCAUGGAUCUCCGCUGAGGAAAGACACCGUUUCAGGGGCUUGGCCAAGAUGAGCGAUCUGAUAGUGGAUCAGGCAUCAGCCACAGUGAACGUGGGCAGAGUGAAGGGGCUCCCAGACCCACUGAGUGCAGAUGAAAAUGCCCCUGACUUCCCUGUUGUCACCUACAGCUAUUUCAUCACCUACGAGUUCCUUAGUGAUCAAACACCUGCUACUCUGGAUGUUAACAGUGAGUCUAACUUUGACACAGAACAUGUGACAGAAGAAGGGUCCAGUGAUGCUGACCUGCAAUCGAACAAGAACUGUUUGAGGGCAACGCUCAAACCAGACACCGGAGUCCUCAACAGUGAGGAAACCUGCCAUGUUGCUGCACAUGUGUCAAGACACAGCACAUCAAAGCUGACGUGGUCAGAGUGCAUGGAUUUCAGCGACACACACAUGUUCAUUGUUAGUGAUCUGGGAGGCCUAAAGAAAUUUCUCAAUCAAGGACUUAAUCUUACAAUUGAGGAGGAAAAGGUCCUGUCAUGGCCUGCAGCCUCUGAAGAUAUCCCAGCGGCCAAACCCAACCGCAAUGUCAAAGAGAAGAAAGGCGGGAAAGGGAAAGAAUCUCCCAUCAAAUCUGGUUCCAACAAAGACAAAUCUAAAGACAAAAAGAAGAAAUCUGUACCAGAGCUGGUGCAGGAUGCCCCCAUCAGAAGAAGCCUUGGCUCUGUCCACAUCCCCCUGGGAAGCCUGGUCAAAGGAGAUCACAAGGUUGACGUCCUCUGUGACCUUGGUGCCCUGCAUGCAGAGUCUGAGGAUCUGGGAAAGAAAAUCAAAGAAGAGAAGGAGGACAAGGAACCAAAGCGGAGAGGAGGCAGUGAUACAAGACAGAAGAAUACAGCUUUGUCAAAAGGCAAAGGAAAGGGAAAGAAGGACCAUGAGGUGGAUGUCCAGGCAGACAGCUCUGUCUCUGUCCAACUGGAACCAGUGACUGUGGAGUUGACUGUGAAGCUGGAGAAGUGGCAGUCUGCAUCUGAAGCUCACCAACUCCUGCUGCCACACCAAACCUCCUGAAGCACAGAGCCUGUGUUAUCUCAAAGCAAAGCCUUUACAACCUACCUACCAGCCACACACACACACACCAAAAAUCCUGCAGUUUCCUCCCUGCAUUUCUUUGUCACUGCUGACUGUGAACAUACCAUACAGCUGAACCGCACAUUAAAUUUAGUAGUUUGUCAUGGUUGUCCUCCUAAAAGGUCGACUGUUAUCAAGCCAUAGUAUCUGCGCAAUAUUCCAGACAAAUUAUGUGCUCCUAAGUGCACUGGAAAAAUACAUUUCAUACUGAAGUCAACUAAAGUAAAGGUAAGAGAGCAGACCUACUUUUGCUUCACUUUAAAUGUGGUGCAAAACAUAAAACCAACAAAAUGGGGGCAAGUAGGACACAGCUAAUCAAAAAGAUAUUUCUGACCACCUGAAAUCCACCUGUCACCUCUACGACCACCUGUACCACCUGUACAGACCAACUUUCUAAAUUCAGUCUACACACACAGGUUAAUGCACAUAAUUAUGAUACAGAAAGAAACCCACUCAUGGGACUUAAUUCACAAGGAGAACGCAGCAAUGGGCUGAAUGUGAAAGAGUCCCCCAAUUAUGCAUUUAUAAGCUGUAACAUCAUAGUUUAUAACACAGUAUAAUGUAGUAGUACAGAGCUAAAAGGACAUUUUUAGUGCUUAUUGAUGUGCAGUAUUUGCCAGAAAUUCUAAUUAGUCUUGUGAUGUGUAUUUUAUAUCAUUACAACAGUGUUUUACUAUAUUGUCAUUCAUUAUGUGCUUACACACCAGCCUCCACUUAUGGGUGCCCACAGCACAUGUUGUUGAUAAAUACACUGAGACUUCAUCUGCUUACAAUAGUGUUAUAACUGCUUAUGAACAGUAAGGAGUAAAGUGUUCCUACCUGUCAGUGAUUCACUUGUGAGUGUUCACGAGUAGUGUAUGACAGUGUUAAUUACAUCAUAGUUCAUGUUUAAUCUGCAGUGCUCUGUGGGUCUUUAUCUCUUUUCUUGAUUAUGAUUAGCGUGAUCUCUGCUUGAUGUUGUGACAGCCCCAGGUUCACUAUAUGUCAGCUGAUUUGUAGUAAUUUGACUAGCAGGAGAUGUCUUUAGAAAUAUUCAACACUGAAGUACAUCACCUGAAAUGACAUGGGGAUGCAUACACCUCCACCAGUAGGAAUACUGUUGUAUUCAACUGUAGAUUUCUAGGGUCUUGUGUAAAAUAUUAUGAAGAUGCCAUUUGUGUUGUAUUGUGAUUUGACGGGACUUCCACGUAACAGGGUACAAGUACAUUGCACUGUGCAUCAUGCUUUCGAUUGAACAAUUAAGAGAUAAUGUUUAAUUUAUACAUAAAUUUAAUUUAUUUUAUACAGAUAUUCAAAACAUUUUUUAAAGAAAUUCUUAAGUAUUUCAUUGUUUCAUACAGAAAUUAUCUUUUAAUUGCAAAGAAACUUUUUGGAAAGGCCAUUUCACUGGAACUGAGGGCUUACAGUAAGUGAAGUGCUUUAAAAUUAACUGCUUCUUUCUUACCAAUCAUCCAGCAGUCCAUUCAUGAAGACCAUAAAAAAGUUCCUAUCAAAGCCAAACAGCACUAUGUUUCACUGCUCCACAGAGUGAGCCCCCCCCCCCCCCCCUUCACAAAA